AUGAACGCGAAGGUGUAUUUCGUCGCAGCGGCAGUCCUCGCUUUCAUUGGCGCGUCCGCCGCGUCAGACUCAGCUGUUGAGGUCGGUUGCUACAACAGGACUGCACUGGAGCUAAACGGCACCACCUGUAGCAACGCCAGCUGCAACGUUACUCUGACUGUAAGCUCCCCGGCUCCCACACCUGUUGCCCCUUCCACUGGACACCCUGUUACCCCUGUUGUCCCUACCUCUAACGGCAGCAGCCCUCAGCCCGCUACAGCCAAUGGAACCGUGAGUCCCACUGCUGCACCUACAUCUGCUCGCAAUGCCACCGUGGUUGUACCCACAACUGCAUCCACUAACUCAAGCGGGUCCACGACAAGUGCCCCAGUGACGCCCACUACAGCCCCUCACAAGAACUCCACCUUUGACGCCGCCAGUUUCAUCGGGGGUAUCGUGUUAGUUCUGGGCCUGCAAGCCGUUAUCUUCUUCCUCUACAAGUUCUGCAAGUCCAAGGAGCGCAACUACCAUACCCUUUGA